AUGACUAUAUCAUUCUUUCGUCGUUACAAAUUAUUUCUUCUUAAUGUAACAUCUGCAUCAGGUCUACUUACUCUUGGUGACUUUUGUGCACAAACUCUCUAUGAUAAAAAGAAAACUUUAGACAAAAAACGUUUAUUGGCAGCAUGCAUUACUGGAGCAGCAUUGGGUAUUGAAGGACAUGUUUGGUAUAAAUUUCUUGAUCGUAUUAUAGCUCAAGCAACAUGGCACAAUGCGUUUAAAAAAGUUCUAUGUGACCAAACUGUCGCUGCACCUAUUUAUACAACAACAUAUAUUAUUGGUACAUCGAUUUUGGAAGGACGAACAUCUUUUAAUGCAUUAAAAAGUGAUACUACAGAAAAUUUUCUUCCACUUUAUAUAGCCGAUUGUGUUGUCUUUAUACCAACUCAGUUGAUUAAUUUCAGAUAUAUUUCUGCAUAUUAUCGUGUUCCAUUUAUGUUCGUUAUUUCCUUCAUUUUUAAUGCAUUUCUUAGUGCAUAUAAACAUACACAUGAAGGACAUGAAAAAUAA